GAGUCAACUCAUUCAGUUCCUCGCCAUACUCAGAGCGAGAUCGCCGUGCUUUUUCCCGAUCAUCCGUGAACACUACGUUGUAGACUCACUCACACUCUGAAGCGUCGACGAGAAAAACCUGGCAGGAUAGAAAGAGCUCAUCAUCCACUACGGUGACUUUUAUGGUGAUUUUGAGCCCCACUUUGGGAGACCUGUGUCUACUCUGACGCCACUUUUCUACCAUUACGACCAUCUAAGGCAACAGCAACAACAACAACGACGACGACAGCAAGAACCAUCCAAUCAGUUCGUCUGGAGAGCAUAACAACCACCCCCGCCACAACAUAUAGAUUGGCUGGUGGCAGACCUCUGUUCCUCAGGAGGUUCAAAUGGCGUCCAGAUGUGACAAACCCCAAAUCAACCCCUUCCACCCUCGUCCCCCUUAUUCUCAUCCAUUGUUUCGGCACCUUCGCAACCUUCAUUUCUCGUACCUCAAUCAGCAGAGACGCCUGCCCAUGUCGUCUUCUCCGCCUCCGGCUCCGCCAUCUUCAGUUAGUGAGCGAGGACAUCAGGCGCCGCCAACGAUGGUGCAGCAGCAACAACAACAGCACCAGCAGCAACAGCAGCAACAACAGCACAGCCAGCAGGCAUCACAGUCGUCGUCGACCCCCACCUCGCAGGGGGGCCCCACUUCCCACAAUGCCAAUGGGGGAGCACCUUCGGUCACGUCCAAUGGGCAGCAGCACUACUCUCUAAAGUGGAACAACCAUCAGAGCCAUGUUCUUAGCGCCUUCGACGCUCUGCUCCAAAACGAGUCCUUGGUCGAUUGUACCUUGGUGUGCGACGAUACCAAUAUCAAAGCCCACAAAGUGGUACUGUCCGCUUGCAGUCCGUAUUUCCAAAAGAUUUUUGUGGACAACCCCGGGAAGCACCCGAUCAUUGUGCUGAAAGACGUCAAGGGUUGGGAAGUUCAAUGUAUUGUGGAUUUCAUGUACAAGGGCGAGACUUCUGUGCCCGAGGCCCAACUUCAAAACCUCAUUCGGGCGGCUGAGGGCUUGCGGGUUCGUGGAUUGACUUCGGGUGGGUCCGAGUCCUACACGGUCGAAGAAACACGCAACCCACAUGUUGGCUACGGAAGGGCCUUUCUGCCAAGUCCUGGGGCACCCCGAUUCCAUCCUCAUCACCAUCAGCAGCACCCGCACCAUCCGGAAGAGCACAAGCUUCAUCCUCACCCGCACCAUCAUCUCCAAUCCAAUCAGUCCAGUCCCAUGUCCUUGACCCACAGCCACGCUGAGGACCGGCCGCGUAGCCCCGUGUCGGGUAGCGGGCCAAGGCGGAAGCAAGCAAGGCCCCGUCGACGAAGUGGCGACUCCAUUGGGAACUCGUCGCUCGAUCUGAGCAAGGCCGAAUCCCCCAACAGUAUGGGCUUCAACCCGCACAAGAGCCCAAAUUCUACGAGUGCCGCACAUGAUGACCUCCUCCCUGAGAACCUAUCGCUCAAACGCCCAAGCUCUUCUCCGGCCAUCAACUUGGUCAAGAUGGAAUCCUUGCUUGAGGACAGUCAACAUAGACGUCAUACUGCGGCAACCCCGAGUUCGGCCAUGCACGAGAGUGAGGCCACAUCUAGUGAUGACAUCAUGGACCGCAAAGCCUCUCCGUCCGUUUCUUCUCUAUCGCACCACAUGGACACCAGGCCACCACCUCAUUUCCACCCAUCCCUUGGUGAUCAUGAGGCAAAUGCACGCGUUGAAGCCCUGCAGGCCCUGAACUUUAUGGCUGCAGGAGGUGGGUUACCGCAUUUUCCUCACGGUCACCCUGGACUCCCCCUCCCACCGCACACAUCACACAUGCCCACGCCUGCCUCGUUAGCUGGGUUGACCGGCUUGACCGCUGCUGCUGCGGCCGCAUCCAUGGGUCGGCCCACAAGCACCCCCGUAACGCCUAGCAACUACUCAGGACCCAAUCCGAAUAGAAAAGGCCAACAUUCUGCUCCCCGAGGAGGGCCACCUCGCUCCUGGACGAAUGAAGACUUGACCAAGGCUUUAGAGAAUGUUUGGCAUAAGCGUAUGACCACCUCCCAAGCUUCCAGGGUCUUCGGUAUUCCUUACAAUUCCCUUUUAAUGUACGUCCGAGGUAAAUACGGCAAGAGCCUCAAAUUAGAGCGACUCAAGCAAAGGACCCCGGCUGCCAAUGACAACCUCAACACCAUUGGGAACUCCCGCACCACGCCCAAAGAGAAGCUUCACCAACAGGAGAAGCUCAAGAUGUCUCCCUCUGUCAAGCGCCUAGGCUUAGAUUCCCGCGCUCGUGAGCUGCCCAACUUUGGGUUAAGCCCUGCUACGCUAGCUGCCGCCGCUGCGCGCGUGUCAGCCUCCUCCUCCGUGCCAUCAUCGACCUCUGGCGCAUUUAGCCCCUACCGGCCCGGGGGGCUGCUCCUCCCUGGUCUGCCGGGGCUGCAGGAGCAAAUUGGGCUAUUGCGCAUGCUACCAUCCCAGGACUCAUCGCGGGUCCGUGACCUCAUGUUUAAUAUCCAAAGAGAGCAGGCCUCCAGUCUGAUGAGCAAUACCCCUCCCAGGGACCCCGAGAACAAACCGGAGGACGCCACAUCUCCCACCAUCCCAUCUAAUACCACGCUAUUCGCCCUGCAACAGGCCGCGGCUGUGGCUACCGCGGCAGCGGUGAGUAGCGCAUCGACCGACCACAAGCCCAGCGGGUCGGGCAGUCUAGGUAGCACGCAUUCACCGGAGAGUUCCACUCAUGACGAUGAUAUGCUAGAGCAUGGAGAUGACCCGCAUGACAAGAGCUGCUCUGAAGAGCCUUUGGUCAUGGAUGAUGAGCCUGAAGAAGAGCUCAUGGGAGAUGAAGAGGACGACGAAGAAGUCGAUGCCAAUGCGAGCCACCACGGCGAGCCCUCCAACCCUGACCCCUCUGAAAGUGGAGAGCUCAUUGGAAAUGAGCAUCGCUCCGAGAUCUCGGCCCUUUAAAUCAAAAUUAAACUUGUGCUUGUAAAGUGAACUCCAAAGAGUAUGUAAAUAUCUGAAGAAAUUCAUCCAAAGACGACGGCGACGACAGCAACAACAAAUAAUACCCACACCAACACGACUACAUCUCUCCCGAUAUCUUCCAAUGUAAAUAAUCACCGUGAUAUUUCAGUUGCUUCCAGGAUCCAAAGCUCCAACAUCAGUAUUGAUUGAUCUUCCUUUCAGCCAUGAGAUGUUGUUGUUGUUGUUGUUGUUGUUGCUAUUAAUAUUAUUAUUAUUUGCAUGUAGAUAUCUUGAUCAUUUCCACUUCCACUCGUGUGCUUCCGUUUUACCGUGCUUCCCCACCAGUUGAGAUUCCUGCACUAAGAAGAAAACAAAAAGUAUUAAUUUAGUUCCAAGAAUGGCUGAACCACGCAAGGUGCUCAAAUUUUGUUUUUGGACAAAGCUAGGAAAGAAAAAGAAGAAGAAAACGAUAUCAUCACCCCCACUCACACAACAUUUGUGCAAUGUUCCAUCACUACCACGUCUAGUUCGAAAAUGUGCAAUUUGUGGGGAGACUACUGAUCGACUAUGAAAAAAAAACCAGCAGAGAUCUCAAAAAAUUGCCGUGUAAAAAUUAUGCUGACCAUAUUUUUCAAUGUUCCUAGGUUCCACCAAAUAUCUCUCCUGUGUCAUAAAUCUGUGUUUGAGGAUAAACCAGUUUGAUUUAAACCAUUAAAACUAUUGCACAAUAAAACUUAUCAAAGGAA